AUGGAUCCUUGGAAGUGCACUUUGUCUGGUGGUGCAAAUUCUCUUUCUAUGGCACCUUCAAGUAUUUUAAAUAAGUUGAAUGAGAAGGCUCAACCUGAAAAGGAAGAGAGGGAUACAGGUCAUGUUGUUGAGGCUGGAGUCGAUAUAGACAUUAGAGAGGUUUACUUUUUGAUUAUGCACUUUCUGUCUGUUGGGCCAUGCCAGAGGACUUUUGAACAAUUUGGGAAUGAUCUUCUGGAACAUCAGCUUCUACCUAGAAGGUACCAUGCUUGGUUUUCAAGGAGCGGCGUAGGAAGUGGCAAUAAUAAUGAUAAUGCCAUCUCUUUCCCAUUGAGUUACAACAAGUUGGUUGAAAGGUAUCCUCAUAUAGAGAGGGAUCACUUGGUAAAGCUUCUAAAGCAACUGAUACUGAGUAUAGCAACUCCUUUGCAUGGCAAGGUUGGAAGAAGUGCUCCGAAUGCAGCUGAUGUCCCUACAUUACUGGGAACUGGUUCUUUUUCACUUCUAGACUGUGAUAGGACUACGGAAAAUAAGAGAGUUAAGCCCCUGCCAGCUCACCUGCGUUGGCCUUACAUGCAGGCCGACCAAGUUCAUGGGCUUAGUUUGAGGGAAAUUGGAGGAGGUUUCACAAAGCAUCAUCGUGCUCCAUCAAUUCGCUCUGCUUGUUAUGCUAUUGCUAAACCAUCAACUAUGGUGCAAAAGAUGAACAACAAAAAGAAGCUACGAGGGCACCGUAAUGCUGUCUAUUGCGCCAUUUUUGAUCGGUCUGGGAGAUAUGUUAUCACUGGUUCGGAUGAUCGCCUUGUCAAAAUUUGGUCAAUGGAAACUGCGCUUUGCUUGGCUAGCUGUCGUGGGCAUGAGGGUGACAUUACUGACUUGGCUGUAAGUUCAAACAACGCUUUGGUGGCAUCUGCUUCAAAUGACUUUGCCAUUCGAGUUUGGCGUUUGCCAGAUGGAUUUCCAAUUUCAGUUCUUCAAGGGCAUACUGGAGCUGUGACUGCUAUUGCAUUUAGUCCCAGGCUUAGUGCUGUUUACCAACUUCUAUCGUCAUCGGAUGAUGGGACUUGUCGAAUCUGGGAUGCUAGGUCUUCCCAGUACCCUCCGCGGAUAUACAUGCCACAACCUUCGGACACUUUAACUGGGAGGAGCAAUGCUAUUUCAAGUACUGGACCCUCCUCAAGUAAUGGUCCACAAAGCCAUCAGAUACUCUGUUGUGCUUACAAUGCCAAUGGAACGGUUUUUGUCACCGGUAGCUCCGACACUUUUGCAAGGGUCUGGAAUGCUUUAAAAUCUAAUACAGAUGAUUCAGAACAACCAAUACAUGAAUUGGAUGUACUGUCGGGCCAUGAGAAUGAUGUCAAUUAUGUGCAAUUCAGUGGCUGCGCCAUUCCUUCAAAAUCUUCAUUUUCUGACUCUGUGAAGGAGGAGAGUAAUAUGAAGUUCAAAAAUUCCUGGUUUUGUCACAACAACAUAGUUACCUGCUCUCGUGAUGGCAGUGCCAUUAUAUGGGUUCCAAGAUCACACAGAUGUCGUGGAAAAGUUGGACGUUGGACACGUGCAUAUCAUUUGAAAGUUCCGCCUCCCCCACUGCCUCCUCAGCCACCUCGAGGAGGCCCUCGUCAGAGAUUUCUUCCCACCCCUCGUGGCGUUAAUAUGAUUGUGUGGAGCCUGGAUAACCGCUUUGUGCUUGCAGCUAUCAUGGAUUGCAGAAUUUGUGUUUGGAACGCUGUUGAUGGUAGCUUAGUACAUUCUUUGACCGGUCACACUGCAUCUUCAUAUGUUUUGGAUGUUCAUCCCUUUAACCCUCGGAUUGCUAUGAGUGCUGGGUAUGAUGGGCAAACAAUAGUUUGGGAUAUAUGGGAGGGCAUGCCUAUUAAGAUAUACGAAAUUGGAAACGUUAAGUUGGUUGAUGGGAAGUUUUCCGCGGAUGGGACAUCAAUAGUACUCUCAGACGAUGUUGGCCAAGUAUAUUUAAUAAACACGGGUGAAGGCGAGUCUCAAAAAGAUGCUAAAUAUGAUCAGUUCUUCCUUGGGGAUUAUCGCCCCCUUGCACGGGAUGAUUCUGGAUAUCCUAUUGAUCAGGAGACACAGCUUCCUGCUUAUCGAAGGAAUCUUCAAGAUCCUCUCUGUGAUUCAAGUAUGAUGCCAUAUCCCGAACCUUAUCAAAGUACAUACCAGCAACGGCGACUGGGUGCUCUUGGCAUGGAAUGGCAUCCUUCAUCCAUGAAAUUCUCUAUUGGCAUGGAUACAGGCCUAGAUUAUCAGAUGCCUCCUUUACCAGAUUUGGAAAGAAUGAUUGAGCCACUACCAGAUUUUUUUGAUGCCAUGUUAUGGGAGCCAGAAAAUGAAGUUGCGAGUGAAGAUACUGAUUCAGAGUAUCACGGUACUGAGGAAAAUUCCAGUGAAGAUGAGAAAGGAAAUAUCACCACCAGCUCUUCUAGCGAACCAGACUGCAGCACAGAAUACAGUGAAGCUGAAUGCAGUCAUAAGGAUGGCCUUCGCCGAUCAAGAAGAAAACGACAAAAGGUUGAGUCAAUAAUCUGUUCUGAGAGGCGUGGCAAGAAAAGGAAAGUGGAUGAGCAUGAUGGCAUUAUAUCUGGGAUUGAGAGAAUUAAAAAUUCAAAAGGUGGCCGGAAAGUUUCAAAGAGAAAGCCUUCCGCAAAGACAUUGAGACCCCAGCGAGUUGCAGCACGCAAUGCUAGAAAUGUGCUUUCUCAGAUCCCUGGAACAUCUACUGAUGGAGAAAAAGAUGAAGAUGAUUCAUCAAACAGUGAUUCUCUAGAGCAACAAUUCCACAUUCAAAGCUAUGGUGGUAACCAGAUGAUGCAACAAGAACAUACUAAAGAAGAACCAUCUGUCCACGAGUUUGAGGAUAUAGCCAAGACUGUUGCAGUUUCUUCAUCUCAGUCAAAUGUCAGAAGCAAGCCAAAAUUGGUUUUCAAGAUUCCACUUCGUGAUUCUAAGAAGCAAGAGGCUCCGCAGGAUGUAAAAAUCAAAUAUAAAAAUCAGGCUGAUUUGGUGUCUCCAUCUUCUGGAUAUCAAGAUAUGACUCAAGAUAAGAGGAUUAAUAAGGGUCUGGGUUCAUCUUUGCCAGAUGUGAUUGACGUGGAGUUGUCAGGAAAUCUCAUAGACAAUGAAUUCACAGAUCCCGGGCAAACUGCAAAGGCUGGAAAUUCUUUGAAGGCAUCUCCAUGUGACAAGGAUAACAGAGUUGGGUGGGGAGAGGUCAAGAUACGCACACCAAAGCAUACAAGAUCAGGAAAUCCCAUACCAAUAGAGGCAGCCACUGGAUCGCUUGCUAGUUUUGAUGUCUAUAUGAAAGAGAGGAAUUAUGUCAAUUGGGAUGAGGAACAUAAUGGAACUGAUGCAUUAGAGGAUCUGGACGGUCUCAAAAGUAAGGAGCUUUCUCAUACACUCAUAUCGUCAUCUUUUGAGUCCUCAGCUUUGGGCGAGCGCAAACCAAAAGGCAUAGAGGACUCCCUGGAGAUAGAGGAGGCUGCUGGAACAAUGCACUCUGAUGAAUUAAAGUAUAAUGCUCCCCUUAAGUUUUCUGCAGAACACCUAACAGGUUAUGGAGAUUUAAUGCCAGAAGAUCCUUCAUGCAUGGACCAGAAUUUAAAUCUGGAAAUGCCAAAAGUGAGUGGAGGUGCUGGCAGACCAGGUUCUUUGAAGUUUUUUUUCAAGGGUAGGACUAAUUCAGAAGAUGUUGAUGGUAAUAUGGAAGAAAAUACUUCAAAUGUCAACGACCGUCAUGAUUCAGGAAUUGAUCUCCCUGAAGCAGCAAUGGGUGCAAUACGUGGAACAAGAACAUUAAAGAUCAAGGCAACUUCACGGGGGGUGGGCUCUGUGAGCCGUAGCCUUAAGUUGAGAUGGGGCCAUCAAACAGCAGGGACUUCAAAAGAUGCAGAAGACUCCUCCGUUAAAGUGUGUGAUCAGAUAUAUCAAAGACCAAGGUCUACAAGAAAUCGUCAGGGUUCAUAUAAUGAUUAUGACCAAAGUUCUUUAACCCGAAGCAUGUUAGAUACCCCUGUUGGAAAGUUGUCAUGGCUGAUGUUGUCAAAACAUGAGCCAGGUUACCGUUAUAUUCCUCAGCUAGGUGAUGAAGUGGUGUACCUGAGACAGGGCCAUCAAGAGUAUCUAGAAGUAGUUAUGAAAUCAGAAGUGGGUCCUUGGGGUCCUUGGGGAUCAAUUAAGGAAAACAUCAAAGCUGUGGAAAUUUGCAAGGUUGAAAGCCUUGAUUAUGCUUCGCAGCCUGGUUCUGGGGAGAGCUGCAGUAGAAUGGAACUUAAAUUUGUAGACCCUUCUUCUGCUAUGUUUGGUAAACCAUGGAAUUUAACUUUGCCUGAAAUUGAUUUCAGUGAUUUCAUUGUUGAGAAAAUAUGGUAUGAUGCUGCUAUUAGAAGAAACUGGACCACUAGGGACAAAUGCGAGGUUUGGUGGAGGGAUUCAGAUGGAGGUGGGGAUUGGUGGGAAGGUCAAAUUGUUCGUUGUCAGGCCAAAUCACAUGAGUUUCCCGACAGCCCUUGGUUAAGAUAUGAGAUUCGGUACAAAAAUGAUGAUGGGAUAACCCAUUGUCAUUGUCCUUGGGAACUGCGUGAUCCAUUCAUAUUAUUGGAACACCCUCAUAUUAACUCUGAAAGCAGAGAUAAGCUGCUGCACUAUUUUUCUAAAUUGGAGCAGAAGGACUCCCAAACAAUCCAACAAAUGAAUCAAGCUGUUCGGAAGGCGGAUUUCUGCAACAGCUUUCCUGUGCAAUUGUACCCGGAACUAAUCCAGUCAAGGUUAAGGAAUGACUAUUAUAGAAGCUUGGAAGCUGUGGAGCAUGAUAUAAUGGUUAUGCUGUCAAACGCGAGGCAGUACUUCAAGAGAAAUGAAUUGCAAGCCCGGAUUAGGCACCUCUCAAAAUGGUUUAAGAAAAAACUGUCAAGAUUGCAGAGGUUUUGA